AUGUCGGCCAAUGCGGUAGCCAAAGCCGCGGGCGGCGUUGUUUCCAUCACCAAGAAGCAAACCCUCCAAUCGACCGGCAUUUGGGAAUCGAUCCGCAAGGCCGUCGCUAUCGACCCGAACCGCUCCAACGGUGUGCCGCUGAACCCGUACUACCGCCUGCCCGCGCCGGGGUCCAACGACCCGGCCUCCUUUGUCGACCCCGUCACCCUGCCCGCGGGCGACAUUGCCGGCAACCCGUACUGGAAGCGCGACACCCGCCGCAACUACCCGCAGCUCAGCGUGGUGAGCCAGGCCGAUGUCGUCAGCUUGCUGACCGUCGGGAGCGCCGCCAGCCCCAAGGUCGAGCUCAUCGGCGCGGCUGGCGACAAGGCGCUCGUGGCCGCGAAGCAGGAGGGUCAGACAACCGGUCUGGCCAAGGCGCUGGCAAAGGCUGCCCCCAAGGAUGUCGCCAAGGACCUCUUUGUCAAUGGCCUGCCGCCGCUGCCGAGUGGACAGUCGCAACUCUCCUCGGGAGAAUGGAGCGUGCACAAGUACGAGCUGACUGACCGGUCGUAUCCUGAGGGGUAA